CCUGCCCGCCGGGCGGAAGCGGGCGGUGCUGGCCAUGGCGGAGGGCGGCGUGGGGCCGGGGGACGACGGGCCCGGUCCUGAUCCCGCUCCCGGUGCCGGUGCCGGUCCCGAGCUGGCCCUGGUCGAGGGCAGAGCCGGCCGUGCCGGCCGCGUCGGGGACCCCGGGGACCUGGUGGUCCUGGCCCGGCAGGUGCAGCAGGCCAAUGAGUUUGUCCGAGCAAAUGCCUGCAGCAAACUGACAGUCAUUGCUGAGCAGAUCCGGCUCCUGCAGGAGCAGGCACGGAAGGUCUUGGAUGAAGCUAACAGGGAUGCUGAUCUGCACCAAGUGGCCUGCAACCUUGUGAAGAAGCCAGGAAAUGUUUACUACAUGUACAGGCGGGAGAGUGGGCAGCGCUACUUCUCCAUCCUGUCUCCUAAGGAAUGGGGUACCACUCCCCAUGAAUUUCUCGGUGCCUAUAAGCUCCAGUAUGACAUGUCCUGGACUCCCUUUGAGGACAUAGAGAGACGAGAUGCUGAAAUAACUGCCCUGGAGAAGCUGCUGAACCGGCAGGCAGCCCUGCCCCAGUGCACGGAGCCCAACUUCCAGGGCCUGACCAAGUCACACAAGUGACCACAGGACUGCCUGAGCAGAGCCCCUGAGCCAGGGGCACAGUGCCUGUAUGCUGCCCAAGGCAGGCAAGGGAAGAGACCAAGAAACAAAAAUGCUGAUUGCUUUGUGCUUUAAGGAGACUAAUUCUGCAUUCAGUAUUACUGGAUUUUCUAGUAAUUGAAUAAUUUACUUCAUUGAUCUAUGCCAAGCUGUUGCAAGAGGCAGGUGAUACCAGGAGGUGAGAGUUCCAAGAGUGUUUGGAACAAAAAGCAGAAAUGCUUGGGACUGAUGUGAUAAUGCUGUAAAAUAGUAUCUCCUCUCUGCCUGGCUCUGGUGUACCUCACUGCGAGUGCUUGUGUCAGGUAAUGAUCUCAGGACUGCAUUUUGCCCCUUACUAAAAUGCACAUGUUUAGAGAGCUCUGUGGUCUGGGAAGAGUGGUCAAAAGCCUGUGCAAAGGGUCUGCUGUGAUGACCCUUCUUCUGGUCUCUGUCCUAGCAGGUCUGAAUCCCUUAGCUGGCAUUCAGACCCCUUAACAUGGGGUGACCUGAAGUUUUCUUCUCUGGAAAGAGCAUCCUCAAAAGUGCCAUGCAGGCUUCAGGUGCUCUUCAGAUGAUGUGUGUUUCACAUCCCCUUGCAUUUGAGUGCAUGAGCUGCCAGGUAGAGACAGGAUACUGAAUGACUUUAUGCCAGAGCAGUGGGGAGAGUAAAAUAAAUCAGUUGAUCUCACAUGUAUCACCAAGA